CAUUUUAGGUUGGGUCGGUGGCGGCGCCAUUAAAAAAAGCGAGCGAAAGGAGGAGGGCUCCGCGCUCUCGUGCCGUCGCCGGGGCCGAGGCCGCGAGCGGGGCCGGGGCCUCGGCGGGGAAGCGGUAGCGGGGCCGAGGGCGGCGGGCGGUCGCCGGCCGGCCGGCGCGGGUCAGCCGCAGCGGCGGCGGCGUCACCAUGUCGGAGCAGCAGUUCGCCAUGGACUCGGCGUCGGCGGGCGCCGGAGGCAGCUCGGCCGAGCCCACGGAGCAGCCUGAGGGUCUGGUGGGGACUGGGGCGGGAGGCACCGACGGGGGAGGCGGCGGCGGUGGCGGCGGGAUCGAGUCUGAGGGAGCCAAGAUCGACGCCAGCAAGAACGAGGAGGACGAGGGGAAAAUGUUUAUUGGCGGCCUUAGCUGGGACACUACAAAGAAAGAUCUGAAGGACUAUUUCUCUAAAUUCGGUGAAGUUGUAGACUGCACUCUGAAGUUAGAUCCCAUCACUGGGCGAUCGAGAGGCUUCGGCUUUGUACUCUUCAAAGAAUCGGAGAGCGUAGAUAAGGUCAUGGACCAGAAAGAACACAAGCUGAAUGGAAAAGUCAUUGAUCCAAAAAGAGCUAAAGCCAUGAAAACAAAAGAACCCGUUAAAAAGAUUUUUGUUGGGGGCUUAUCUCCAGACACGCCUGAGGAGAAAAUAAGGGAAUAUUUUGGAGGUUUUGGUGAGGUUGAAUCGAUAGAGCUACCUAUGGAUAACAAGACAAACAAGAGGCGUGGAUUUUGCUUCAUUACUUUCAAGGAGGAGGAACCAGUGAAGAAAAUAAUGGAAAAGAAAUACCACAAUGUUGGGCUUAGUAAAUGUGAAAUAAAAGUAGCCAUGUCAAAGGAACAGUAUCAGCAGCAGCAGCAGUGGGGGAGUCGAGGAGGAUUUGUCGGAAGAGCUCGAGGAAGAGGUGGAGGCCCCAGUCAAAACUGGAACCAGGGAUACAGCAACUACUGGAAUCAGGGGUAUGGGAACUAUGGCUACAACAGCCAAGGGUAUGGAGGUUAUGGAGGAUAUGACUACACUGGUUACAACAACUACUAUGGAUAUGGUGACUAUAGCACGGGAACUUCAUUGCAGGCCCUGUGUCGCGCUGACUUCACGAUUCUCACAGGCCCGCUCAAUGCGGACAGGGUACGAGAUGCUCACGCUCUCGAAUGCUGCCGUUUGGUAUGGUCUCUUCCAACAUCCUGUAUCAGCAUUAUAAAAUAAAAUGGAUACUUCAAGCUUUGCCUUCACUUAUUUCUUUGCUUUUAAAACUAUAUGUAAUGUAAUUUUAAUGCAUUUUUUACAGGCCCAGUAAUGGUUAAAUACGUCAGCUUACUGAAUAAUUUUAACUUUGUUCUUCUAAGGAUACAGCUUGUCUCUGGAUUUUCCAGUCUUAAUUUUAUAUUUUAUUAAUCUAUUUUAAUGCUUGCUUUUCCCAUUUAUAGACAUUGUAGCAGUAAUUGCAAGAAGUUCUUGAGCUGAAUUCCUGUUGUGUCGGCUUCUCCUUAGCUUCUGAACACAAUCCUACUAUAGUGGUUAAUAACCUUUUCUUUUAGUUAUAUUUUCUUAAUGGAUAAGCUAAUAAUAUUCUAUAGUGGGUCGGCACAAUUCUUAAAUGCAACUUUUGGGCCCAAAAGGUCCAUCCACCAAAAUAGUUUUGGUGGUGGUGAUGGGUAUCAGAGAUGUUUUGUAACAUCUAAGACAAGAAGCAUUUUCUAAGUAAAUUUACAGCAUACAAUGAAAAACUUGUCUUCAAUAUUGGUGCACAUGUGGAUUUCCAGCUCAUGGACUCUCCUGUUCAGCUUUAAUUUAAAAAGCAUAUAUUUACAUGAUUAAUGUCGAUAUACCAUAUUUACGUAGAGUGGGAAAUAGGGGUAUCUAAAAUGCAGUUGUCUGUUAAUAAAAAACAAACAAACAAACAAAAACUUUUCUGACGGCUGUCAAUUUCCACAGAAUGACUUUUUUCUCUUUUCUUUUUUCUAGGUGGAGACGCAGUAUUUUCUCACUUGAAGAUUCAUUUGAGGUGGCACGUGCUACCUGCUAAUAGCAGUUUAAACUAAUUUUUGUAUCAAGUCCAUGAAUUGGAAGUAAGACGUUGAGUCCCUCUGAAGUUUAAUUGAGUUUUCAUUAAGAUGAAAUUGCUUUCACAGUCUUAUUUCUUAAUUGCUAUGCUUAAGAAUCCAUUUGUUUUAUGCCCCUUCCUCAGUAUUGUAGCCCAAGUCUUGUGUUCAAAAGCCCAGUGUGACAGUGUCAUGAUGUAGUAGUGUCUUACUGGUUUUUUAAUAAAUCUUUUUGUAUAAACCUG